AUGAUCGUUUCCACUCCCACUCGAAAGGAAGAACGUCUCCCGUGCAAUUUUCAGUUUCGUUUCGCCACUACACGAGACUUGUGGUACCUGUCGAUAGGUGGUAUCUGUGCGAUGAUUGGAGGUGCUGUUCAGCCAUUUGUUCUGAUUCUGGGUGGAUUCAUUACAGCAGUCUACCUUGAGCCUGGAGAGAAAAUUGCGAAUAACGAGUUCUGGAAUCAUGUUAUGCAUCUCGUAUGUUGGCUAGGAAUCGCUGGUACCUGUGCUUUGAUAACGUCAUUCGUUCAGUCAUUCUUUCUCUACCGAGGCUGUCUGAACGUGGUCAAUUCCAUCCGUCAUCAGUACCUGGCGGCGGUACUACGUCAGGAGGCGGCAUGGUUCGAUGAAAACGAUUCCGGUGUUAUCACUUCACAGUUGAACGAGUACGUUGGUUUUCCGUCGUGCAAAGCUUCAAAUGGUAACUGCUGA